AUGGAUCUUACUUUCCAUCACAGAUUUGUCAAGGUUAAUGGAAUCAACAUGCACGUCGCCGAGAAAAUUCCCUCCGUCGACGGAAACAGUGCUUUCGACGGAGCUCUCCGUCGUCCGGUGAUACUCUUCCUCCACGGAUUCCCGGAGCUCUGGUACACAUGGCGACAUCAGAUGGUGGCACUCUCUUCGCUGGGUUACCGAACAAUCGCGCCGGACCUGCGCGGCUACGGAGACACCGACGCGCCGGAGAGCGUGGACGCGUACACAAGUCUCCACGUGGUCGGAGAUCUGAUUGGAUUGAUCGACGCGGUGGUGGGAGUUCGAGAGAAGGUGUUCGUGGUGGGACAUGAUUGGGGCGCAAUCAUCGCCUGGCAUCUCUGUCUUCUCCGGCCUGAUCGGGUUAAAGCUCUGGUGAACAUGAGUGUGGUGUUUGAACCUUGGAAUCCUAAGCGGAAACCGAUAUCGAUGAUGAAAUCCUUCUACGGCGAUGACUACUACAUCUGCAGGUUUCAGGAAUAUGGAGAAAUAGAGGAGGAAUUCUCUAAAGUUGGCACGGAACGAGUUCUCGUGAAGCUCUUAACGUAUCGUAAUCCUGGUCCUAUACUCUUACCUAAAGGAAACCCCUAUGAUGAUGAUCCUGUGUCACUGCCCUGUUGGCUAACUGAGUAUGAUGUUCAAUAUUACGCUUCCAAGUACGAGAAGAAUGGCUUCACUGGACCUGUAAACUACUACCGAAAUAUGGACCGAACAUGGGAGCUGAUGGGAGCACUCUCAAAAGCUCAAGUCAAAGUUCCGGUUAAGUUCAUAAUCGGCGACCAAGAUCUGACCUAUCACGUUCCAGGCACCAAGAAGUACAUGGAAGACGGCAGGUUCAAGAGCCACGUGCCGUUGUUGGACGAAGUCGUGGUGAUGAAAGGCGUUGGUCAUUUUCUCCAUGAGGAAAGGCCUGACGAGAUAAGUAAACACAUCCACGACUAUUUUCUCACUUUUUAG